AGCAGUAGUGCCGUUGCAUAAUGUUGGGUGACCAUACGCACAAGUACUGUCGGCGUGGAGCACUCGGAGAGCUGGCACGUGCGAUGACAUCAAUGCCCUACCGACGUCAUAACCUCGUUGGUGUGGUGUAUAACAAAGCAAAUACUGCACGGACGCUUCGUUCACCAGAUCAUCAUGUUUCGCAACGCUAUCACCUCCAACGCGCGCAUUUGUACUGCAUCAUAUACCCGUUCUAUUCAUGCCACGCCCGCUGCUAGCACGGUCACCGAGAAAGUGUCCGAGAUGGCUGACAAGGUGAAUAAGAAAGUUGGCCAAGGUCUGGCGUCGGCCAUUGAGACAGGCGAGAAAGCGGCGGGGAAAACCAAGGAGACACUCGGUUCAACAACGGCUUCGGCAAAGCAGAAAACAGAAGACGCAAAGCAAACUACCCAGGAAACCACGGAGCAGGCCAAACAAAAGGUUAAUCAGGUGAAUUAUCCCUGGCGUGCAAACAGGUUGAGUUGUCAGUUGCUGAUAUCUGUUCAGGCUGCUGCUGGCGCGCGAGAAACUAAAGACGACGUGAAGGGUAGGAUGUCGAAGUAACCACCUCGCCGCUGCCCAUCGUUCUUCUGCAUGCAUGGUCAGCACGUAGUGGCCAAGUUAGGUUAAACUUUUUUCACACCUUAAUCACAUUCAUCCACACCGAAGAGCACACGUCCACCAGAGUUGUCGUCCACCCCCACCUAGCAUUAGUAUAAUUGAAUAUAAUGAAUUAUGGAUUAACGACUCGGGUCUGAAAACACAAUAGAAGGGUUUCAAGCUUCAACGGCAGAAGAAACGUUAGUUCACAUGCAUCGUGAAAGCAUUAACAUUUGGGCACCCGCUGUUCUAGAAUUCUAGUGUGACUAGUAGUCCUUCGCAUCUG